CUACCUUCUCUACAUCCCCUACACACAUCUACACAUCGAUACAUCUCUCUGGGAACACAGUCCAGAGGCAAGAACCUAACACCAUGUCAUCCGCAUCCAGGACAACCGCCAUCCUCUCGAAACGCCUGCGAACAUCGUCCUCGCGACGAGCACUUUCUACCACUUCGAUCGCUCAAAAUCAAUCUUCUUCGACGUCGAGCUCGACCUGGACCCGUUCUCUACCAGAAGGUUCCAACCCGGCUUACGACGCUUCUCUCGUCUUUCUCGCCCAGCACUCUUCCUCGCUCCUCGACAAGGCCGAACGAUUACGGGGAAAGCUCUCUUCGGUACAAGAUGCGGAGCUGAAGAGCACGAUAGAGAUCGCCUUGAAAAAGACCGAACUCGAGGCUAGGAUUGCUAGGCCGGAGACGAGGUGGUUGCAUGAGAACGAAAAUGUCGGACAAGUAGCUGGGGAAGCCGAGGCGGGGGAUAAGGAGGCGUUGAACGUGAUGGCAGAGAGAAGGUGGAGGAAGAUGGGUAAACUCGAUCGAUUAAUGGAACGUAUUCUGACGAUGAACGUCGUACCCGACCUCGUCGCCCUCCCCAACCCGGAGAUCGACAUGUCCAUCUCCUUCCCUACCGGUUCCGUAUCAGAAACGGUACCGGGGGAUUACUUGUUGCCUUCCCAGACCUUGGAACAACCCAAGAUCAGCCUGAGAGCGUUUACGAAUGACGAGACUGAACAGCUUUAUACGCUCGUCAUGGUCGACCCGGAUCUGCCGGAUACGGAGAGGUUGAGCUACAAAGAGUAUUGUCAUUGGAUCGUACCCAACAUCCCUGUCUCGAGGAACACCACCUCGAUCCCGGCUUCCAUCACCGCUUCUCUCGAUUACGUACCCCCUCACCCUUCCCCCGAAUCGCCUUAUCACCGAUACACCCUCCUCUUGCUCCGACAACCCACCCCUUCGCUCUCCCCAUCCGACAAGGACAAGGGCGACAAGCUAGACUCGUCAGCAACCACCGCUUUCCUCCCUACCACCCCUCAAGACAGGUCGAACUUCAACCUCCGUGAAUGGAUGGUCGAGAACAACUUUAGCACCUCCCCCUCGGACGCGAGUUCGGUCAAGGGGAUCUUCAUGUUCAGGGAAGGCGGCAAAGGGUUCGGACAAAAGGUCGGGUACAAGAGGACCAGUAAAGAAUGGAAGGAGGAGGAGAGGGUCGUGGAUGGUGUUUGGAAAGAGGUUUGGGGUAGGGAGAGGGCGGUCUAUGAGAAGUCGCCCAAGGAGGAGAGGUUUGGGUAUCCUGUCAAGUAUUAAUGUCGGUAGGGUCUGCUGCGACAGAUGGAUGCUAGAAGAUGCUUGUAUUCGUAUGCCGAUCAACUCUUCGCCCUAUCGAAGAACGAAGUAUCAGACACAAAAGACCGUAGGGAUGUCACGCGCGGGAAUGUGCGGCUUGCCUUUGAUUCCCUUGUUAUAUACAGCAGUAGGAUGCAUGGACUUGUCCAAGUCUGAUUGAUGGGC